AGCGAGAAAGAGUAGCCCAGUAACGCUUGGCGCUUCUUCCAUCAACGCUGAAGGCUUUCACACAUCGCACGAACGUGCCAAGCCUGCUCAACAUAGAUACGGCGCAUGCACGUAGCCUGGGCACAUUUUAAAUUCGCUCGUGUGCUUUCAACAGUAAACUUGGCCAACGGAAAAGAUGGCGCACACAUCCAUCCGCGGAUUGAGUCUUCUUGUGACGGCUGUAGUCCUUGCGGCUUCCAUAGCGUUUCCGGACAAAGUGUGUGGUACCAACGUAAAGUACCAGGAGAAGCUGGUACACGACCUCCUGCGGGAGUACAGCCGUUACGUGCGCCCCGUCUCCAAUGAAACUAAGAUCCUGGAGGUAUUUUACCACAUGAAACUCUCGCGGAUUCUCAAAAUUGACGAGAGAAACCAAAUUCUGACUACUGCAUUUUGGUUGGAGCAGAGGUGGAAGGAUGAUUUUCUGGUGUGGGACCCCCUGGACUAUGAUAAUAUCACGUCAAUUAACAUACCGACGGGACAGAUAUGGAUCCCAGACACAGUGCUCUACGACAGCGCUGAUGUAGACAAGGAGCCAGGCACGGGAGUCAUGAUGACCAACGCGGUGGUCUCCAACGACGGGCAGAUCUUUUGGGCCGCACCUGCCAUCUUCAAGAGCUCCUGCUCGCUCGACAUCACUUACUUCCCCUUCGACAAGCAGACCUGCCCCAUGAAGUUCGGGCCCUGGGCUUACAAGGGCAACGAGGUGCUCAUGAGACGCGUCUAUGACACAGGUGACUGGUCGCAAAUGACCACCAAUGGCCAGUGGGAGCUGCUGAACAUGCCCGUGGUCGAGAAUCUGGUCCACUACGGCUGCUGCCCAGACCCCUUCUCCGACAUCAGCUACACCCUCGAGCUUCGCAGGAAGGCCCUCUUCUACGUCUUCAGCCUGCUCUUCCCGUCCAUCUUCAUGUCUUUGAUCUCCUUCUUGAGCUUCUACCUGCCGGCCGAGUCUGGUGAGAAGGUGGGGCUGAACAUCACCGUCCUGCUGUCGCUUGUGUUCUUCCUGCUGCUCGGUGCCCAGCUGCUGCCGCCGACCUCGGACACUGUGUCGCUCCUUGGUCAACUGCUGGCAACUAUCAUCGUUGUCAUGUCUCUAGAAACGGCAGGCUCUGUUAUCAUUCUCCGUCUACACCACCACGUUCCGACACACCGCCCACCGCGCUGGGCCCGCAAACUCAUCCUGGAUCGCCUGGCCUACUUGCUCCGCAUCAAGGGACGCCGCCACGCCUACCACGACGGCGAGGGUGACGAGGGGGAGAAAGCUGCCGCUCAGCGACGCUGCGACGACCUCUUCGAGUUCGACCAGCAGAACUCCCUGCUGAACAGCCAGGCGCUCGGGGUAAGCCUCCUCCAGCAACUGCAGCUGGAGACUGGGAGCUACGAGUCUAAAGAUGCUGGCGGUCCAGGGGGCUUCAUAGCCGACGUCGCUGCCGAGUAUGGCACCGACGCCACCGACGUCAGCAUCGGCUCGACAGUUCAGCAGAUCGGCCGGUACAUCGACAAGCUGGUGGGUCGAUGCAAGCGCGAGGAGAAGGCCUCCCUGAUCCAGCAACAAUGGAUUGACAUGUGCGUCAUUCUGGACAGGUUGCUGAUGCUGUUGUUCGCCCUGGCCAUCGUAAUGACGUCACUGAUCAUCAUUCUAAAGAUGACACUGAAUUAUGACUGAAAUCAUAAGACUGGGACUAUUCCGUGAUAAUGUAUUGUAUAACGUUAUUCCAAAACCUGAUACAUUUUGGGGUUUUACUUACUAUCAUAUUUUGUAAAUGUGUAUGGAACCGGCCCUAUCCUUUUCGACCCUUUUACUCUUUUGAACUUACAGUAAACCUACCUUACAGUAAACCAAAAUUAAAACUUUCUCCCAGUAAACUUUGUUUCCUAAAUGAAUAAUAUACAACCGGGUUAUAAGCAUCCAUUUACAAUGAUAUAAUAAAUACAUAUUAAAAUAAAUAAGCAAGCAAUAUGUAACCAUGUUAAACAGUGCACUUCCAAUAAUAGUGUGCAAAGUACAGGUGAAUUCUAAUUCAAAUUCAAGAAUAUUGUAAAUUAAUUAUUAAAGUAUCCAUGAAGUAUUAAUAAAGACAAACAACCCUGUGUAUUUA